AUGGAGAACUUGGCAACUAUAAAUCAAACUGAUAUUAAUAAUGGAGUACUUAAUCGUAUGCUUGCUAAGGCUGGUAUUCCUGAUGUUCAAGAAUAUAUAAAUCAAUUCCAUAACGAAACGGAAAACUUGAUAGUCGAAGAAUUCGAACAUCCCGAUCUAAAUAAAGUAGAUAAUAAUGAACAGAUAGCUUCACCAGCUGAUGUUCAAAAUUGGAUUACAGGUUUACGACUUCGUCUAGAUGAUCCUAUUCAAACACCAUUACCUCAACAACAACAAUCGCAAGAGACACCUCCACCAAAAGAUAUUAAAAGUUGGAUGCACCGUAUGGGACCAAGUAACUUACAUCCAUCUACUGACACAACUGUUGGUACAACAGAAAUUACUACGAUUAGUAAUGAUAUUAAUCCGGCAAAUGGUGAUCUAGGUACCUGGCUCAAUCAAUGGUCAAAAAGUCUUACUGAACAACCACCACCCACUUCAUUAGAUAAUUGGUUAAAAGGUCUCGUACCAAACAAUAUGCAUGAACCACUUAGUAAAGCAAAUAGUUCAAAAGGUCGACUAAAUAGUUAUCUGAAUGCAGCUGAACAAGUUCUUUCAAAACAUGGCUAUGAUGUUUCAAACGAAGUUAAACCACCAACAAAUGUUAAAGUCAAAAGUGGAAUGUUUGGAAAUGUAAAACAAAUGUAUUUUCUUUGGAAAACAUUAGAUAAAAAUAACGACAGAAAAAUCACAGUUGAAGAUGUUCAAAUAAUGCUUGAAGAAAUGGGUCUUGGUUUUAUAAGUAAAUAUGCUGCAAAAACAUUAUUUGACAUGGUCGAUACCAAUCAUGAUGGUGAAUUACAAUUUCGUGAUUUUGUUGCAUUGAUGGGUAUCAUAAAACAAUUAGUAGGUGCUGUUGGAUCAGCAAAGUGA